AUGGGAGCUCAAGCUUAUGUACGCGCUGAGUGCUUGCACGGCAUCACAUUUGGACUGACGUGGGCAGCUUCGUUGGGCACACUUAUUGGUGGAUACUUUUACGAACGCUACGGCGCUCGGGUGAUGUUGAUUGUGACAAGUGAUGCACAGGGUUUAAAGUCUCUGUUGCAUGCACAGAAAUUGAUCAUGUCUUCAAAUCUUUUAGCCUUCACACUGGGUCGUGUUGACUCCAAACUCUAUGGAUCACCAUCGCCGGUGUCGGCGCUGAAGGAGCUUGACCCACAGAACGCGCUAGACCUCGGUGUGUUCGCGUUUGAGCUGCCGUUCGAACAUCAGUCAGCAAGACUAAAUGGACAGGUCUCAACGGUAAGACAGACACACGCAGGAGUACUAGAAAUUGUGGUGAACGAAGGAAAUGUGUGGCUGCCACCGAUCGUCGCCGCGUUGCUAUAUAAACGGACAAAAGAGCUACCAGACAGCGUUCAGAUGCGCUUUGUGCGCUUGGAGAAGGGAAAGUUUGCGAGUCUGCAGCUGAGAGGAAAGGGUUUGGCGAUUAUGGGUGCUUGA